AUGGACUAUUUCUUCCAGCAGGCAAAUUCCCCAUUCAAACUGGCAAUAUCCCCAACUCUCAGUCUUCUGAAUCACUCCUGCUGUCCCAACACCAGCCUGCGGUUCAGCACUGGAACCAGUGUGUCAGCUGACUGCAGCGAGAGUGUGACUGAGUACGGAAGCACAGCCCGCGGAGUCACUGUGACUGUCAGAGCAUCCAAAGCUAUCCCUGCAGGACAAGAGAUCCUGCACUGCUAUGGUCCUCACAGCAGUCGGAUGGCAACCCGAGAACGGCAGCGUCUCCUGCAGGAACAGUACUAUUUCCUGUGUCAGUGUGAGGCCUGCACCCAGCGGCAGCAGCAGGAGGAGGAGGAAGAGGCGAAGGGAUCCGAGUCCACACCACAGUGGUCGGGUGUUGGAGGGGGACGGGAAAAGACUAAAAAGUUCUUAUGGGGCAGAUUCGGGGGGAGGCUGCAGGUAUCGUAG